CUCAUUGGUCAGAUUUUUCUUGUUGACUCUCCAGAGCAGAAAGCAGGAAUAUCCCAAAUAGAAGCCUUUCCUCGAUCAUUUUGUCCGGAUUAAGGAGUUUAUUUCUCUGAUUAUGGUUCCAGUCCACAGUGAAGGAUAGGAUACGUCAUGACGUCAUUGCUGUUCCUCAUCUUCACUCUUCAUCUCGCUUCAGCAGACUCCCACUCUCUGGACUACUUCUUCACUGGAGUCACACCAGGAAUCAGCUGUCCAGAGUUCACUGUUGUUGGACACGUGGAUGGACUUCAAGGCGGGUAUUUUGACAGUAACAGCGAGAGAGUGACCCUAACGGGAGAGUGGCUGAAGGACAAUAAGGAUGAAGAGCACUGGAACAAGAUAACAGAGAUUUCACAGUUUUAUCAGAUCGACUUCAAAGUCUGUAUAGCUACAGCAAUGCAGCUCUUCAAUCACAGUGAAGGGAUUCACACAUGGCAGUUUAUGGUCGGCUGUGAGCUGCAUGAUGAUGGAACCAAGAGAGGAUACAGCCGAUACGGUUAUGAUGGAAAAGACUGGCUCACUCUGGAUCUGAACACUCUCACCUGGACUGCAGCCAAUGAUAAAGCUGUUAUUACCAAACAGGAGGAGAAUACAGCUAAAGCCAAAGGCCAUAAGAACUUUCUGGAGACUGAAUGUAUCCAGUGGUUACAGAAGUAUGUGAAAUUCGGCAGAGAAACUCUGGAGAGGAAAGGUAAAGUGUUCCCUCCUGAGGGGUCUCUGUUCCAGAAGGACUGUUCUUCUCCAGUGGUGUGUCAUGCUACAGGUUUCUUCCCCAAAGCAGUGAUGAUCUCCUGGCAGAAGAAUGGAGAGGUUCUGCAUGAGGACGUGGAGCUCAGAGAGACGCUACCCAACCAGGAUGGAACCUUCCAGAAGAGGAGCGUUCUGACUGUCACACCUGAGGAACUGGACAAGAAUGAAUACACCUGCAUCAUUCAGCACAGCGGCCUGGAGAAGGAGCUGGUGUUACUGGUGUCUGAUCUCAGAGUUUCAGGUGGAGUCUUGAUUGGUAUCAUCGUUGGUGCAGUAGUUUCUGUUCUCCUCGUUAUUAUCUGUGUUGGAGUUUUGGUGUGGAUGAAGAAGCAGCAGCCGUCUGCAUCCCUAAACGUCACAACAUUUUCUCCUCCAAUCACUGCUUAGCAACUGUUCCACCAUCCUCCAUUACCUGGUCAAGCUUUCAGAGUUUUGUUUUGUUGUUUUUUACAUUGAUCUGGUGUUCCUUUGAAUGUACUGUGAAUCUGAAGUUCUAGAUAUAAAAAGAUGUGCCUGAGGGUUCUGUAAACCUGUAUAUCUCAUCAGAGUAGUGGGUGGUCUAUAAGGAAGUGUUGUACUGGUUGUUGGGUUUGUGUUGGGACACAGUUAA